UGCUCUGGAUUCCUACCGGGCGCUUUUCUUCCACCUGGGUUUAUUGGAUUCCCUCACCUUCUCCCCUUCCUCUCUCUCUCUCUCUCUUCCCCCUGGUCUUUCUCCAUCCACCCUCUGUGAAUCCAUGUCUCCUUCAAACGCUUCCAUCGAAAACCCUUUUUGAGAGGUUUAGAAGGUUCCCACGCCCCGUUUCUUCCAAAUAAUCGAAUUUUAUGGCCGCCCAGAGCUUACAAAGAUUCUGAUUUCUUGGGCAAACGAGAAAGCUGGGUUUGUAUCAAAAUUUGAUCUUCUUCUUCAACAACGUAAAGACUUUGGUCAAGCUCUCUGUUUCCAUUGGAGGCCUCCGGGAUGUGUGAGUCUUGGUAGCCAAGGAGAGGGAGAGAGAGGAGAGCGCUCGAUUCUUCUGAGAUCUUUUCCACUUAUUUUGAGCUAUGGAGAGCGUAUUCGCCUUCUUGGUCCUCCUAUUGAUGCUGUUGUGCAGUUCCCCUUCUUCCAUGGCGGCGACCGACGAAGUCUCCGCUUUGAUCUCAUUCAAGCUUUCAUCGGUCGAGCACGAUCCCAAAGGCUUCUUGCAGAACUGGACCACUAAUAGCAGUGCCAAGAGUCCGAAUUCGGACGCCCCGUGCUCGUGGACUGGUGUGAUCUGCUCGCCGGCCGGCGGCCGGGUGCGGGGCCUCAAGCUGCGCAACCUGGGCCUAAUUGGCCGGCUCAGCAUCGAUGCGCUCAUGGCGUUGCCGGACCUCCGUGACGUUGAUCUCCAUGGAAAUUCGUUCCACGGCAAUCUCUCUUACAGCAGCAGAGCUUCCUCUCUCCCCUGCAGCUUCGAGACCGUGGACUUGUCGUCGAACAGCUUCAACGAAACCAUUCCAGGGGACUUCCUGGCCUCUUGCCGGCGCCUGGUCUCGCUCAACCUGUCGAGAAACUCGAUCCCCGGCAGCAUUUUUCCAUUCGGAUCUUCGAUCCCGGUGCUCGAUCUGUCCCGCAACCAGAUAUCGGAUCACUGGCUGUUUAACUCCUCGCUUUCGAGCUGCAGCAAUCUGAACUAUCUCAACUUGUCCGACAACAAGCUCGCCCGGGGCCUGAAGGGCGUGCCGUCAUGCACUAAUCUCACUGUUCUUGACCUCUCAUACAAUACUAUCUCCGGGGAGAUUCCGGCGGACUUCAUAUCAGAUUCGCCGGCCUCGCUGAAGCAAUUAGACCUCUCGCACAACAACCUCUCCGGUGAUUUCUCAAGCUUCAAAUUCGGGAGCUGUGGUGGGCUCACGGCGCUCGACUUGUCCAACAAUGGCCUAAAUGGCAGCAGGCUGCCGCCGAGCUUGGUCAAUUGCCGGCAGCUGGAGAGGCUUGACCUCUCCGGCAAUCAUUUCGUGAAUGAAAUCCCAGCAUUCUGGAAGAACUUCACCAAUCUGAAGCACCUAUCACUGGCUAACAAUGGUUUUGCUGGCCAAAUCCCGCUGGAGCUAGGCCAGAUAUGUGGGACUAUCGUCGAGCUCAACCUGUCCGGGAAUAAGCUCACCGGCGGGCUGCCGCCAACCUUCGUCUCCUGCUCUUCUCUCCAGAUGCUAGACCUCGCCAAUAACCAGCUCUCCGGCGAUUUUGUCGAGAAAGUGAUCGGUACUCUGCCUUCUCUAAAGCGUCUCCACCUUCCCUUCAACAACAUCACCGGUCGGGUGCCGUUGCCGGCGCUGACCAACUGUACAUUGCUCGAAGAAGUUGACCUUGGAUCGAAUGAGUUCGCCGGCGAUAUCAAAAUCCCAGCUGGCUUCUGUUCAUCUCUCCCUUCUCUCCAGAGGAUCCUGCUGCCCAACAAUUUCUUGAGAGGAUCGGUGCCGCCGGAGUUGGGAAGCUGUACCAGUCUCCGGACCAUCGACCUGAGCUUCAAUUUCUUGGGCGGCCCGAUUCCUUCGGAAAUCUGGUCGCUUCCGAGGCUCUCCGACUUGGUCGUCUGGGCUAACAAUAUCUCCGGCGAGAUACCUCAAGACCUAUGCUCAAAUAGUGCGAGCUUGGAGACGCUAAUCCUCAGCUACAACAUCAUCAGCGGAAGCAUCCCUUCGUCUUUCACCAGGUGCGUGAAUCUUAUAUGGGUGUCAUUCUCCGGCAACCGCCUCGUCGGGAGGAUCCCCAGCGGCAUCGGCAACCUCCAGAACCUGGCGAUCCUCCAAUUGGGCAACAACUCGCUCUCCGGCGACAUACCACCGGAGCUCGGCAGCUGCCGGAAUCUCAUAUGGCUCGACCUCAAUAGCAAUGGCCUAACUGGCUCCAUCCCGCCCGCCCUCGCCUCGCAAACAGGGCUCAUAGUCCCCGGCAUCGUGUCCGGGAAACACUUUGCAUUCUUGAGGAACGAGGGUGGGAACAUUUGCCCCGGCGCCGGCGUUCUGUUCGAGUUCGAAAGCAUCCGCCCUGAGAGGCUUGCGAACUUCCCCUUGGUGCAUUCCUGCCCCUCCACAAGAAUAUACACCGGAACAACGGUCUACUCUUUCACGAGCAACGGGAGCAUGAUCUACCUCGAUCUCUCCUACAAUUUGCUCUCGGGGAAGAUGCCGGAGAACCUGGGAGGCAUGGACUAUCUCCAAGUUCUGAACUUGGGCCACAACAGGCUCACGGGGAUCAUACCGGAGAGCUUCCGAGGUCUGAGAAUGAUCGGAGCGCUCGACCUCUCACACAACAAUCUCAGCGGCUGCAUCCCGGGGGCGCUCGGCACGCUGACGUUCCUCAGCGACUUGGAUGUCUCCAACAACAAUCUCACCGGCCCGAUCCCGACAUCGGGCCAGCUCACGACAUUCCCAGCUUCACGGUACGAGAACAAUUCCGGCCUCUGCGGGGUCCCUCUGCCCCCCUGCGGGGCCAACGGUGAUAACCGCGGUCUCCAUUCCAAUUCCGGCGGCCGGAGGCGGCUGUUCGGCGCGAGCAUGCUGAUUGGCAUCGCUCUGUCUCUGCUCAUCAUACUGUCGCUCGUGCUGGCUCUGUACAAAAUGAGGCGGCACCAAAAGACCAAGGAGCUGAGAGGUGCCUAUGUGGAAAGCCUCCCGACCUCCGGGACCGCAAGCUGGAAGCUUUCAGGUGUUCUCGAGCCUCUCAGCAUCAACGUGGCCACCUUCGAGAAGCCACUGAGGAAGCUAACAUUUGCCCACCUCCUCGAGGCCACCAAUGGCUUCAGCGCCGACAGCUUGAUCGGGUCCGGCGGCUUCGGCGAGGUCUACAAGGCCCGGCUCAGGGAUGGGAGCGUCGUCGCGAUCAAGAAGCUGAUCCACGUCACGGGCCAGGGCGACCGGGAGUUCACGGCCGAAAUGGAGACGAUCGGCAAGAUCAAGCACCGGAACCUAGUGCCCCUGCUGGGCUACUGCAAGAUCGGCGACGAGAGGCUUCUGGUCUACGAGUACAUGAGAUUUGGAAGCUUGGAUGUUCUUCUUCAUGACAGGGGCAAGGGGGAUGCUAUCAGACUGGACUGGGCAGCGAGGAAGAAGAUCGCCAUCGCCUCGGCCAGGGGGCUCGCCUUCCUUCACCACAGCUGCAUCCCUCACAUCAUACACCGAGACAUGAAGUCGAGCAACGUUCUCUUAGACGAGGACUUGGAGGCCCGGUUGUCUGAUUUUGGGAUGGCGAGGCUCAUGAAUGCUCUCGACACCCACCUCAGCGUGAGCACCCUCGCAGGAACACCAGGCUACGUGCCCCCUGAGUACUAUCAGAGCUUCCGAUGCACCACCAAGGGCGAUGUCUAUAGCUAUGGAGUCGUGCUCUUGGAGCUCCUAUCGGGGAAGAAGCCGAUAGACCCCAUGGAGUUUGGCGACAACAAUCUUGUCGGUUGGGUGAAGCAGAUGGUGAAGGAGAGCAGAAGCAGUGAGAUCUUUGACCCUGAAUUGCUGGGGAAGAAGAAGUCGGGGGAGGCCGAGUUAUACCAGUAUCUAAAGAUUGCUUGCGAGUGCUUGGAUGACCGACCGCUGCGGAGGCCGACCAUGAUUCAGGUGAUGGCAAUGUUUAGAGAGCUGCAGAUCGACACCGACAGCGACUUCCUUGAUGGGUUUUCUGUUGAGAGAACCAUCAUCGAUGAAUCCAGAGAGAAAGCACCUUAAAUCUGCAUGAGAUAGUGAUGUCGCAAAUUUUGUUGUGUUUGGAAUGGUUAAGUGUUGGUCGCUGCCGUUCCAGAGGAAUUUAAUUAGUCUUUAAGCGUCUGAUUACACCAUUUUCGUUACUGUAAAUAGCACAAGAAUGUUUAGGAGAAAGAAAAGUUUGUAGACUAAAUCAGAGAAAAUCCUUUGUUGUUCAAUGGGAGAGAAGGGAAGGGAAGGGAAGGUAUCUCGGAUUACUUCACGGUCCCAUGUACACUUUUCUUUGAUUCUUAUAUAUGUUAAACCACUGUUUUUUUUUA